AUGUGGUGGUUCCAACGAUUAAACGGAACAAUUUUUAGUCGAUUAAUCAAUCUAAAGUCUCAUCAUAAUCAUCAUCACAGUUACAAAUUUAGAAAAAAAUAUUUUUUACCCAAAGACACUAGUUACAAUAAUAAUAAAUUUUAUUCAUUAUUAAUUACAUUAAAUAAAAUGAACGCUGAAGAUAUUAAAAUAAUUUGGAAAAAUGCGGAUGCCGUGUCGUUUGAUGUCGAUUCAACGGUUAUUCAAGAAGAGGGAAUCGAUGAACUUGCCAAGUUUUGCGGAAAAGGAGAUCAAGUUACCGAGCUAACUAAAAAAGCGAUGCAAGGAAACAUGACUUUUCAACAAUCUUUAACAGUUCGGCUGAAUAUAAUACGACCAAGCUUGGAGCAAAUAAAACAAUUUAUAAAAAUUCAUCCACCAAAACUUACGCCAGGAAUUAAAGAGCUAGUCGAUAAGUUACAUGAAAAAAAUAAAAAAGUCUUCCUGAUAUCUGGCGGAUUUCGGUGUCUGAUAUCACCAGUCGCUACUCGAUUAAAUAUUUCUCAAGAUAACAUUUUUGCCAACCGUCUUCUCUUUAAUUUCGCCGGAGAAUUUGGUGGAUUUGAUGAGAACGAGCUGACGGCUAAAAGUGGUGGUAAAGCACAAGUCAUCAAAAGGUUGAAAGAUAAUUACAAUUUUAAAACAAUUGUUCACAUCGGUGACGGCGCAACCGAUCUUGAGGCAUGUCCACCAGCGGAUGCAUUCGUUGGCUUUGGUGGUAAUGUCGUCAGAGAUACCGUAAAAAAUGGAUCUCGGUGGUUUGUUUACGAUUUAAAUCAACUCAAAGAGGCUCUAGAUUAA